UCUACAGUUAUGCCGACAGAAACAAGCUGAUGUCUUCCUGCGUUAAAGCGAAACUGAAAGAGUUACUAUACUUCUAAAAUUUACAACUGGAUAAUACUCUCAUCUGGAUUGUAUUUCUCCUGCCGCUGCUUACAGUACCUUCCCUAUCUGACUACCACUUCCUCAUUGGCACUGUGUGAAGAUCUGAUCUUGGAACUGAUUGACGCUCACUCUAGGCAGACCACUCUAAGUUGUGCUGGUCUAGGAUCACAGAGGUGAUGCUUCCUGAGCUCAGGUUUGGUUGGCAGUAACUGGGGACCAGUCCGAUCCAUGGAAGGAGCUCUGAACAACAGCCAGGAACGGAGGUCCACUCUUGUAGACUUUGGGUCCAUCAACACUGUACCAUACUCGACCCACACUGACACCAAUGAGGCCACUGCGAACAGGGGUAUCUCUGAUGUACGGAGGACCUUCUGCCUCUUCGUCACUUUUGACCUGCUCUUCAUCACCCUGCUGUGGAUCAUAGAGCUUAAUGCCAAUGGAGGGAUCAAGGAUCAGCUGACCAAAGAAGUCAUUCAUUAUGAUUUCCAUACGUCAUUCUUUGACAUAUUUGUUCUGGCCAUCUUUCGGUUCUCGGUCCUCACCCUGGCCUAUGCGCUCUGUAGGCUGCGGCACUGGUGGGCCGUGGCGAUAACAACAUUAAUCACCUCUGCCUUCUUGAUAACAAAAGUCAUAAUCACUGAGCUUCUUUCUCAGGGGGCUUUUGGCUACCUGAUUCCCAUCACUUCCUUCAUCCUGGCCUGGAUUGAGACCUGGUUCUUGGACUUCAAAGUUCUUCCAAAGGAAGCUGAGAACAACAACCGGCUGCUGCCGGCUGGGGGUGUCACUGAGAGAACCCCCCUCAUCCACUCUGGAACUUUCUCAGAAGGCCAGUUUUACUCACCUCCAGAGUCUAUAGCAGAUUCUGAUCAAGCAGCUGAAGAAGCAGAAGGAGAACCUGUCCAAGAGAAGCCUGUAAAUUAGCACGUAACAUGUGCAUUUUAAGUGGUGUUGUCUUUGUUAUGAUCUAUAGCUACAGCAGCUACCUCGCUAUAAAAUGUAUAAAAAUGAACUGUGGUUUUACCUACAUACAAUUGUAGCAUUUAAAAAAUAUUUGUAAUGCACAAAAUAUGUACAAUAUACUCUUUGUACUACAGAAGUAGUGUACAGUAUAUGGGGCCCUACAUACCAAUCGUAUAAGUAAUACACUGCAGUACUGUAUAUAUCCUUCCAUUGAAAUUAAUAUUACUGUACUUGCUGUAAUAUGAUACUAAUUUGAAAAAUGUUAACUUUUAGUGAUGUUGGGUAGCAGUGUACUCACUUUGGAAUGUAUGUAUAUGUAUGUACAAGCACAAAGUUAAGGUGAUAACCAUUACUACCAAAAUACCAGCAUAUAUUAUUAAUCUCUUUAUAUGUAAUUUGGUCCCGUGAAUUCCUAUCAGUUGUUAAAUUAAGCGAUCUCAUCUAAAAUGCCAUCACUAAUAGAUAUCUCAGUUUGGUUCGUUUUUUCUUUCUAAGGCAGUGAGUCCAUUGCUGAGGAUGACGAUAAAAUAAAAUCCGACAGAAGUGCCUGUUUAAUUAAAUUGUGACGUCAGAGCCUUGGAAAAUGAAUCAAUAUUUCUUUUCAUUUUGAAAUGAUUUGGAUAUAUCCUGAUGUCAUUGAUAGAGAGAAAAAAGCACAUUGCAUGGGAUCUUUUAAAGCAUUUCAAGAAUAAUGUCUCAGAGUUGUUUUUUUACAGCUUUAAUAACUACGCUACGGUAAAAACUCUCUGUUACAGUUUGUUUACAGUUUUGUGACUUUCUCCCGUAAUUGUCCACAGUGCUGCACAUGUGUGUGCUUUUGUGUGUUGUAUCAGCAGACUUUGUGUUUAGGGACUACCUCGAGGAUUAUGGGAGAUGUGUGUGUGAGAGAGUACGUUUGUGUGCUGUGUGUUACCACGUGCCUUAUUUAGCCUCAGGCUGCAAAAGAGUUAUUAAACAAAACAAAGGAGA